CAGAACCAGGAGCAGAGGAAGCUAUGGCGAACAAAGAAGCUUCGUUAGUAAUCUCAUUCGGUGAGAUGCUGAUAGACUUUGUUCCUACGACAUCUGGAGUAUCAUUAGCUGAGUCUCCAGGCUUCAUCAAAGCCCCUGGUGGGGCCCCUGCCAACGUUGCUUGUGCCAUUGCUAAACUUGGUGGCAACUCAGCCUUCAUUGGCAAGGUGGGAGAUGAUGAGUUUGGGAGGAUGCUAGCAGAUAUACUAAAGAAAAAUGGGGUGAAUACAGAUGGGGUUUGCUUCGACGCAGAUGCAAGAACUGCAUUGGCUUUUGUGACCUUGAGGAAUGAUGGAGAGAGGGAGUUUAUGUUCUACAGGAAUCCUAGUGCGGAUAUGCUUCUCAAGGAUUCUGAGUUGAAGAUGGAGAUGAUCAAGAAGGCCAAGAUAUUCCAUUAUGGCUCUAUUAGCCUCAUCUCUGAGCCUUGCAGAUCAGCUCACAUGGCAGCCAUGAAAGCUGCUAGAGAAGCCGGAGCUUUGCUUUCCUAUGAUCCUAAUGUUAGGCUUCCUUUGUGGCCUUCUGCUGAAGCUGCUAGGUCUGGCAUUAAGAGUAUUUGGUCUGAAGCUGACUUCAUCAAGGUAAGUGAUGAUGAAGUGAACUUUCUUACACAAGGAGAUCCUGAAAAGGAAGAGGUUGUUUUGUCCCUGUGGCAUGACAAGUUGAAGCUUCUUAUUGUCACCGAUGGAGAAAAGGGUUGCAGAUACUUCAACAAGAAAUUCAAAGGCAAGAUUCCAGGGUUCAAAGUGAACACAGUGGACACAACUGGUGCCGGCGAUUCUUUUGUUGGUUCACUUCUCGUUUCUGUGGCUAACAACCCUUCCAUAUUUGAUGAUGAACCAAAACUGAAAGAGGCUCUGACAUUUGCAAAUGCUUGUGCAGCACUUUGUACAACCCAGAAAGGAGCCAUACCUGCACUCCCAACUGCCUCAGAUGCCCAGAGUCUCAUUUCCAAGUCUAGUGCCAAAUAGAUCCU